AAUAAUUUUCUAUUCAUCUAAUACAUAACGUGUUUGAUUAGCUAAAUAAAAAUUCAUCAUCAAAGCUAGUAACAUCAAUUCCAUCGAUCAAAGCUUCUUCUGUUGGCAACAUUUGAGUAUUUAUAGUAGUUUUCUUUUGUUGGUUUGUUUUAAUUUUAAUGAAUUUCCUUACUAUUCUGUAGUUGGGAGCUUCUUCCAAUAGUUAUUGGAUUUGUACUUAUCGAGUGUAGGUCUUAGUAUAAGUGUGAUGAUGAUGAUUGAUUAUCCUAGUGAAAAAUUUCCAGUGUGAGAAACAAGUUCUAAUUGCAUAAAUACCCAUCAAAAGCUUUUGAUCUUAGACAUUAGAAGGGUAAUACCCAACAGUGGGCGAAAAGGUAUUCUUAUUUUAAAAUAUUACUUUGCUAUGUUUUGAUUUUGUAUUUCAGUUUGCCCUAAUCUUUUUAAAAGGGGCCCAAACUAGAUUUUACCACUAUUUUGCUUAGGGUCCAAAAACGAUCAAGCUCAGUCUGGUCCUUAGUGGUUUAUAAAUUGAUUAUUUGAGGAAUUUUGGUUAGUGAUUAUUAUCAGCAGAGAAUGUUUGAUUGUUUUAUGUAUGAUUCAUCAUCAUCAUUAGCCUGUGAUCAAUAUGUAAAAUAAUCUUCUUUCUGUGGAGGGACAAUUUUAUGACUGUGCAUACUUUUUUCAUCAAUUACCUUUAUUUCGUGAAUAAAUUAAUUUUCCAAUUACUUGCUCAUCUCCUAGCCGGAAGCUACUUUAGCAGUAGUGCAGUAAUUAUUUGGGUCUGGAUUUCUGUCUUCCUGGCGUAACUAAUGGGAGGACACAAGCAUCCUAGGAAGCAGAAGAACCAUCGUUCUCAUGGAGGUCCGUCUAGCUCUUGUUAUGACCCCUCUAUGGAGGGCAGGUCUCUUCCAUCAGAAUAUGACAUAAAUGAAGAGACUCGACCUAGUCUUGGAAUUCAGCUUGCUAUGUGGGACUUUGGACAAUGCGAUGCAAAAAGGUGUACAGGAAGGAAACUAGCCAGAUUUAACUUGUUAAAAGAAUUGCGAGUCACUGCUGGGUUUGGGGGCAUUGUCUUGAGCCCUGUUGGGACCCACUGUGUCUCGAGAGAAGACUAUCCUCUAAUCAAGCAGCGAGGGCUGGCUGUUGUGGACUGUUCUUGGGCACGGUUGACUGAUGUUCCUUUUGUGAAACUCCGUUGCACUGCUCCUCGGUUGUUACCAUGGCUGGUGGCAGCAAAUCCUGUAAACUAUGGUAGACCGUGCGAAUUAUCAUGUGUAGAAGCCCUAGCUGCCGCUUUGUUGAUAUGUGGUGAAGAGGAAGCAGCGCAUAUGUUGCUUGGCAAGUUCAAGUGGGGGCAUGCAUUUUUGUCACUUAAUAAGGAGCUCCUUAAAGCUUAUUCUGAAUGCAAAGAUAGUUCUGAGAUAAUUUCAGUUCAGAAUGCAUGGAUAUCUAAGCAACAAAGUAUACGGGCUUCUAAUGUCUUACAAGAUGAAGAAGAAAAGGAUGGAUCAUUAAGCAAUGAAGAGGGUGAAUCUUGCGAGUCAGAUGAUGGGCUUCCACCUUUGGAAAGGAAUUUAAAUCAUUUAAACUUAGAGAGUGAAGAGGAAAGUGAAUCAGAAGAGAACGGAGAUUAAUGAAGCUUCAAUCACAACGCUAUGAAGCUUGUCCUCAAAUUAGCACUGGUAGCCUACAUGAACAGUUCACCAACUUUUUUUCGUUGUUGGGUAUACUCAUACUCUUUUUCUGACUUCCGAUCUUUGGCUGAUUUGGUACACUUGAUUUUACACUUAGUAGUUUUAUGAUUGAGUAGGAUAGAUUUCAAAGGUAAUGAGGAUCAAAAUAUGUUACAAAAUUAUAAAGCAUUGUGCCAUUGAACUUGUGUCUUAAUGUGUAAGAUGCUUGGAAUCUACUCUGUAUACUUAAGUUAAGCAGUAAUUUUUGAUAAGAGGAAUUGAAAAUGAGUUGCUGGUUUU